AUGCCCCUCGGUUUCGAGCGCCUGAACGAGCGCACCCAACGCCCCAAUGCGCACAUAAACUUCAUCCGCACCCUCCCCGGCAGCACCUCCGCCACCGCCCUUGCCAUCCUAAACCGGGUGGCAGCAAUAUGCUACCCCUUCAUGAAGUCGCACCAAAUCCUCGUGCAAGCGCUCGAAGAAUACCCCUACAACACCGAGUUCGUGGGCCGCAACUUCAACGCCGGCGAAGUCAUACAACUCGUGUUGCGGGACCGGCAGGGGCGAUGGCUACCGCAGCGCAUGGUGGAAAUGGUCAUGGUACAUGAGCUAGCGCAUUGCAAGCAGAUGAACCAUAGUAAGGCGUUUUGGAAGGUGAGGGAUGGGUAUGCGGUGGAAUUGAGGGCGCUUUGGGCGAGGGGGUACACUGGCGAAGGGUUGUGGGGAAGAGGACGGGAAUUGGAUACUGGGGUGGUACAGGCGCGUGAGGGGGAGUCAGUGGAUGUACCGGAGCAUCUUUGUGGAGGGACGUAUGGGCGGAGAGCGGGGAAGAGGAAGAGAGGCGGGAAAGAUACGUCAACACUAAGUUAUGCGGAGAGGAAACAGAGGAGGAUACUGAAGAAAUUCGGAGCUGGUGGCAAGGCCUUGGGCGCCGACGACGACACAAAAGUCAAGCUGGAAAAGGGUGUACCGAAGAAAGGCAAACCCAGGGUCGCUGGCAGCGCCAGAGGACGCGAUCUCCGAGCCGCCGCGGCACUAGCUCGCUUCGACACAGUCAAGAAAGAAGACGUAACGAUAAAAAAGGAAGAAGAAGCCUCUUCCUCAGACACCGACACAGAAGACGAGUUCCAAGAAGGCGACCAGAACGGCGCUGCAGUCGACAUCGACGGCAAAAGCAUGUUCGACGACAAAGGCCGCGCGCUCAUCAAAAUAUGCGACGACGAAGACGACAAAGACGGUGAUGCGAGGAGGGAAAGGGAUGAGAUAGAGGGUUUUGCUCCCCAACGGUCGAAGAAAACGCAGGUCAAGACACCGGCACCUUCGGCGAAGGGCGCGACGAAACCACUUACGUCCAAGACGGCCAUUCCCUCACAAGCUUCACCCAAGACCACCCUCCCCAACCCACCACCCCGCCGUACCAAACCGCAAACCCCACCAACCUUUGCUUGCCCCAUCUGUUCACUAGCAAACGACCCCUCAGCACUAACCUGCAUGGCCUGCGCAAACGUACUAAACAAAGAGCUCGUACCCGAUUCUUGGUCCUGCAAGAGCGAGGCUUGUAAAGGGAGUCUGUAUGUGAAUGCUGGGGACGCGGGUGGGUGUGGGGUCUGUGGUGUGGGGUGUAGGAAGGGGUGA